AUGCGACAUUCAGUAAGGCCUGAUAUAUUGGCUGAUCUCCAUUCAGCUGGAAACAAUGAAGAGAGAGAGAGUGAAAGAGAGGGAGAGAGGGCGAGGGAGAGAGGGAGAGAGGGAGAGAGAGAGAGAGUGAGGGAGAGGGAGAGGGAGAAGGAGAGGGAGAGAGAGAGAGGGAGGGACUUUACUUACUUACUGCUGGGCUUUACGAUCCUACAAGGACCUGAGUCCCCUCUAAGACUUCAAGCCAUUUCAAUCUUUUGCACGUGUCCUCCAUCUCUUUACCUCAAGCAGCUUGAGAACUCAAGAACUCGACGACAUCUAAAAAUCUCACUCUUGGUCUUUUUUUGCAAACCACGGUGUCGGGGCAACACGAAUCCGCAAUCAGGAAAUCUGACUCCUCGCUGGGGAUGGUACACUCUCACCUCAGCUCGGCCAUCAUCCCGCCCGGGCAAUAUCCUCCAUGAGCUCAACCUCGGGGGUCCGCCGGUGUCGAAACGGACUCCACUCUUGUUAGCCAAGGAGCGAAAAAUACUUCCCACGGUAUAA